UUUUGUUUAUGUCUAGUUGCCUGGUUGCCGUGAACAAGCUAUUUUCUGAUCCGUCCGCAUGUGAAAUGUAAAACGUGGAGCUGCUGCAAAAACUACGACCAUCCACAUUCAUAUCGCACACAUCAAAUCACCUCUAAACCGAGAAAUGAGUCAGCUGAGUCAGCUGAGUCAGCAGUUUACCUCCAGCAGGACUACUGACCCCUCAGGCUCUGUGGCAACUGUCCCGUCAGGGUUACGCCAUUCAUGUCUUUCAGGGAACAAACGAUGUGUUUGUUUUGUGUCUUGUUUGUGAGUUUUCCUUUAAUGUGGGUCGCUGUGCGGACGGAACCCGUUGUGGGCUCCUCGUACGUUGCCGCUGUGUACGAGCACAAAGUAAUCCUGAACCCGCACCCUGAUGUCCCGCUGUCCCGCGCCGCUGCCCUGAGACACAUGCGCGAAAACCUGGAUGUUUACGAGGAGCAGGCUGCCCGGGCCGCUCAGCAGGGUGCUCAGAUCCUGGUGUUUCCAGAAGAUGGUCUUCAUGGUUUCAACUUCAGCCGUUCAUCCAUCUCUGGCUACCUGGAAACCAUUCCUGACCCCCAGGAAGAGAGCUGGAACCCCUGCGUGGAGCCGGGCAAAUACAACAACACCGAGGUUCUCCAGCGGUUGAGCUGUAUGGCCCGACGUCACAACCUCUACCUGGUGGCCAACAUGCCUGACCUGCAGCCCUGCCCCCUGAAGACAGACCCCUCCUCCUCCUGUCCCCCUGACGGACGCUGGCAGUUCAACACCAAUGUGGUCUUCAGGUCAGAUGGUCUGCUGGUUGCACGCUACCAUAAGUACAACCUCUACUUUGAGAACGCCUUUGACACUCCGCCGCAACCUGAGAUCAUAACGUUUGAUACACCUUUUGCUGGGAGGUUUGGUCUCAUCAUCUGCUUCGACAUCCUGUUCCACAAGCCCACAAUAACCCUGGUGGAGGAGGGGACGCGUCAGCUGAUCUUCCCCACAGCCUGGAUGAACCAGCUCCCCCUACUGGACACGAUCCAGUUCCAGCAGGGGAUCAGCUUGGGUGCCAAUGUCACCGUGCUAGCAGCCAACAUUCGUAAUGACGGACUGAUCAUGACAGGAAGUGGUAUCUACACCCCUUUUUCUGCCACCUACCACCACGCACAGAAAGGAGACCCAGAGGAGGGCAGGCUGGUGGUGGCCAGGGUGCCAGUCUUAGACCCACUGUGGGUGGGCCAGAGGGUGGCCACAGAGAAGGGGGAAGCUGAGUCCACAUCAUCUACAGCUACAGGAUCUGGAUACUGUGACAAAGAGAUCUGUUCUCCUUCUCUGGAAAUUGGUUCUCCGGUCCCUCCCACCUUCAUCUCAUCCAUGAUGUACGACCCAUUUACAUUUGUCUUCUUAAACGAGACAGAGGGUGAAGUGAAGGUGUGCAAUGGCACGUUUUGCUGCCGCCUGCAGUACCGUCGGUUACCACAAGGCAGCAGUAGAGAGCUCUACGCAUUGGGAGCGUUUUCUGGAACACACACCGUGAACGGACGCUAUGCCCUACAGGUGUGUGCUCUGGUCCGCUGUGCAGGGUUGGACGCCGCAUCCUGUGGACAGGAAGUCGGAGAGGCCGAGUCUAAACUGGACUUCCUUUUGGAGGGGAAGUUUGGGACCAGAUACGUGUACCCAUCAGUUUUGACUAGCAAGCUGGUCCUGGAGCAGCCGGAGCAUCUGGAAAAAGCUGCAGAUGGCAGAGUGACCAUGAAACACUCAAACAUGACUGGUGGGCUGGUCACUGCCUGUCUGUACGGACGGAUGUAUCACCUGGACAAUGAAUGAAUUGCUUUGGAAUAGAUGAGAAAAAUAUCAAAUAAAUAAAAAAUACGUUCUGACCAAGACUGGUAAUGACAAUUCAGCUGUCACAAAUUUGUAUUCUGUCAUAUACAAACUGCAAUAAAUCAAAAACAAAUAUC